GCUAUUGCUAUUGGAGAUGUCAAGAUGGGGCGGUUGCUGUUUGUUCUUCUGAUUUGUUCCCCAAUACUGUCAAUUAAAUUCCAAGCAAAUGCAGAGGAUAACUCAACAAAGAAUGGCUUAGAUCGAAACAGAGAAGGAGGUAAAUCUUAUGGAGGUCAUAAGGCGAAUGUACCAGAUGUUUCAAGGUUUCAAAGAUCAUGUUCAACUCAAGAAUGUAAGGAAAAGGAAUUCAAUGAUAUCCUCGACUCCAUUCUGAGCUCGGAAACAACUACGGAGCCUGAACGGGAAGAGGCUCCACCGAGGAAUGUUCCACAGAGACCAAAUCGACCCUACAUGGUUCGACCCAGCAGUAACGGGCACUUUCUUCAUGACAUUGUAACUUGGGUUGAAAGAACAAAGAGGGCAAUAUUUGGAUUUGGAUAACAUUUUUUUGCAUAGUUACUUUCAAGUGAAAUAAAAAGUAUUCACCAAUAUUUAAAAUAGGCUCAGCG